AUGGCUGACGACAACCGGCUCUUGGUAUUCCAAGACUGCAUUUAUGGACACAUUGAGCUUUCCCCACUAUGUGUAGCCAUAAUGGACACGCCAGAGUUUCAAAGACUUCGCUGGCUUAAACAACUAGGUCCCAGCCACUUGGUAUUCCCCUCGGCCACCCACACUAGAUUCGAGCACAGCAUCGGGUGGGAUUGCCUAUAAUUUAUGUCAAGAGUGUGCUAUUUGGCAGGACAGUUCAUUCGACAUCUCCGGGAUGUACAACCUGAACUGAAUAUUACUCCCUCAGAUGUCACCUGUAUAGAGAUUGCUGGGUUAUGCCAUGAUUUGGGAAAAAAAUUUAAUAUUGUCGCUAACCAAAAUAACGGAAUUGAUGUUGAUAAAUUGGAUUAUUUGGCACUAUCAUUGCUUAGUGUUAAUUUUCUGGCAACGUCUUGUAUUGUGGUAGAACAACAUUCAUUGGCAAAUAUCUGUAUUGCCUCUUUGAAUAAUUCUCCAUCAGUAUACGGCUUCAUGUGUGAUGCAAUCAAAUGGCAUAUUUUCAACGAAGCCAUUGUCGCAUCAUUUUUGGUAGCUCCACUUUUGAAAUGUGAUGUUCUUUUCACAUGUUUAGACUUCAAGCAUAAUUUUUAA